CAGCAAAGGGUCUGUGCUGAAGCCUUUAAAGGCACAUUCUCAAGAUGCAUUUGUGACUUCACCUUAUCUCACCUGAGAAAGAAACCCAGUGGAGGAAAAGGAAGAAAUGGAAGUUUCUCAGCAUUCAGUUCCCAGCACCCAACACCUCCCAGCCCCUGGUGCAUCGACCCCGAAGGGCGGCGAGCUAGGCGGAGGCGCGGCGAGGGCGCAGUGGAGCGGCCCAUGUCCGGCGCGGGCGAAGCCCUGGCUCCCGGGCCCCAGCGCGGGGCUGAGGCUGGCGGUGGCCGGCUGGGCGCCCCAGCCCAGGAAAAAUGUGAUAAAGAAAAUACUGAGAGAGAGAUAACUCAAGCUACUGAUAGCUGCUUCACACAUGGAGAGAUGCAAGACCAGCCCAUGUGGGGAAACUGUUCGGAUGAUGAACUCAUCAGAACUCAACCUCAGCGCUUGCCUCAGCUUCAAACUGCAGUGCAGGAAAGUGAGGAGGAAAUAAGCAAGAUAAAGAACGGCCACCCAAGUCUGAGCAAUGGCAAUGGAAUCCACCAUGGGGCCAAACACGUAUCUGCAGAGAAUCGAAGACUUUCAGCACCCGUUUCUCAAAAAAUGCAUAGAAAAAUUCACUCCAGCUUGUCUGUAAACAGUGACAUCAGUAAGAAGAGUAAAGUAAAUGCUGUCUUUUCCCAAAAGACGGGCUCUUCACCUGAAGACUGCUGUGUCCACUGUAUCCUGGCCUGCCUGUUCUGUGAAUUUCUGACCCUCUGCAAUAUUGUCCUGGGACAAGCUUCGUGUGGCAUCUGCACCUCAGAAGCCUGCUGCUGUUGCUGUGGAGAUGAAAUGGGAGAUGACUGUAACUGCCCUUGUGACAUGGAUUGUGGCAUCAUGGAUGCCUGUUGUGAAUCAUCAGACUGCCUGGAAAUCUGUAUGGAGUGCUGUGGAAUUUGUUUUCCUUCAUAA